AUGGCCGACCCUGAGGUUUCCGCUCCGGUACUCACGGAUAACGCAACAUCAGGUAAUGAAAUUCAUAGUAAUUUAUAUUGUUAGGUGAACCGCUGAGCGCUCUUUUGUCGACUGCGUUAACUGAGGCCGUUGCUGAUCUUAGUAAGUAUAGUUAACUAUAUAUGUGGCUUCAAAAUGUUGUUAAUUUGGUUUUUAUUGCAGCUCUUGUCGCUGAAACUAUUCAAGCUCAAGCUUCUGAAGGUGCGUCGAAUGAACAAGUUGAGCAACCGACUUCUGAGGUAGAACAACCUGUUGUUGAAUCGACAGAAGCCUCUGAACAACCGGCUGUAGAACCAGUAGUGGCUGAGAAUAGUGAUGCCGUUGUUAAAGAAAAUCAAUCGGACGUAACUAAACCAGAAGAAAGCAGCGAAGCUAAGGAUUCAGAACCAAACGAUGUUCAAACUUCAGAUGCAGCUGGUCCAGUUUCUGAGGCGACAACACAAGAAGGAGAUCGUGUUACGCCAACUGAAAACGUUGAGAAGAACAUUUAUGAUGUUCAAAGUCAGGAAGGUGAACCGACUGAAUCACAGGAAACUUCUGACAACAAGGUUGAAGUAUCCGAACCUGUAGUAGAAGGCAGCGUUCCUGAUGCCAACAACAAUGAAGAUACCCAACCAGCCGAACAAUCAGCUGAAGUUGUUAAUCAGUCGUCAGAAUCUCAAGGUCAGAAUGAAGAAGUUCCUUCAGUUCAGGCUCAGCUCGGUGAAAGCGUAGCUGUUUUAGCCGCUGUUGGAGCUGCAGAGUUGGCUUCACAGAUCUCAGAAGCUGUAUCAGGAGAAGUGUCUUCAGACAACGUAGUUACUGUAGAAUCUAAGCUUGAAGUUACGGUAACUCCAGAAGACGAAAAGGCUUUAGAUGCUGCUGUUAACGAAGAAACUCCAGAAGCUGCUGAAGUUCCGAGUGUGAUUGAAGUUGUUGUGCCCGUAGCCGUUCUUCCAGAGAACGUAGAAGAAGCUCCAGAUGUAAUUAACGUUGUUGUACCUCCAGAAAUGCUAGAAAACGUUGAAGACGCUAACAAGGUUAAGGUCGUGGUAUCAUCAGAAAUGGCGGCCGAACAUCCCGAAGUGUUUAUCCAGACUGAAGACGGUUUGGUUCCAGUUGAAGGAGAUGUUAUAGUUGUCGAUGAUGAACUUCCAGAUCAAUAUUCUGUCUUUGUCUCGGGUGGUAAGUUUUCUUGUAGUUAUUUUGUUUAGUAGUUAUUGUUUUUGAUUUUUGUGGGGUUGUUAUUUUAUUUUGCCUUUAGACUCUGCACCUGUGUAUGAAGACCUUCAAGACCAAUAUUCGGAUUAUGUUGGUGGAUGUUACGAUGAGGUCAGUCUUGAUGACGCCAGUUCGAUCCAUGACAGUGACACUUCUUCCGUCAAACAGAAGAAAAAGGGACGAGUUCUUGGAGGAUUCAAGAGCAUCGCUUCUGGUGGAGCUAAGAUUGGUACGUAGUCAAAUUUUGAAUAUGUUUCGUAGAUCAGAAGAAUGCGUAAAAUCGUUUUAUGAAAGUUAUUUUGACCCUUAUUAUAUAAGAGGCAGAACUAUAUUAUGUAAUUUAUAUUGGACAAUAUUGUUGUUUUAGUUCUGGGUACUAAGGAUAUCUUUGUUGGAACUGGUAAAGGAACAGUCAGGGCUGGUCAAAAGACAGCCGCUGGAGUCAAAAACACGACUGUUGCUAUUGGAAAAGAUGUAGCACAAGCAACUUCAGCUGUUGGUAAGAAAGAUCUUUAAUAACUCAACUUCAAGAUCUUUGAAAAAGAUCAAAAUUUAAAUCGUUUUAUGUAAAAAACCUUUGUGAAUCCACAAAAUAUCUUGAUCUUUUUCAGCAACUGGUACCAAGAAUGUUGUCGUUUCGGGAGCUACCGCCGUUGCCCGUACUACUGUAGUUGGAGCCCAAGCGAUCGGUCACGGAACCUCGCGAGCUGCUUGUGUUGUAGUUGAUGGCACCAAGUCUGGAGUUAUGGCUAUUGGACAAGGAGCCGAAGCCAUUGGAAGAGGUACUGUUAACGCUGCUGGUGCUGUCGUGGAUGGUACUAAAGCUGGAGCUUUGGCUAUUGGCAGAGGUACAGUGAAUGCUGCUGGUGCAGUUGUUGACGGUACUAAGGCUGGUGUCAUUGCUGUGGGACAAGGAACAAAGGCUGGUGCACUGGCUAUUGGUCAUGGUACUGCUAAGGCAGCAGGUGCUGUUGUAGAUGGUACUAAAGCUGGAGCUGGUUUCGUAGCUGAUACUACCGUGAAGGCUGGUAAGUGGCGGGUUAGGAGUAUAUUUUAAACGAAAUAAAGUGUUAAUUUACAUUAUAUACAUAAAAAUUGAUUUUUUUAGGAACGGCCGUUAAGGAUGCUGCUGUAACAGUGGCCGAAGGAGUAAAAGAUACCACGGUAACGGUAGCCAAGGCUGGAGUUUCUGCUACGAAAGCUGUUGGUCAUGGAAUUGAAAAUGCAGCUCAUAAUGUAGCCGACCACGCCCAAAAAGGAAUGGUUAACGCUCUUACUACCGGACUCAAGAUUGGUAAGUGCCGUUCUUUGAUACGGUAAUCAAUUUACUAUUGGAAAAAAUAUAUUUUUUGAAUAUAUUUACAAACUACGUUAUAUUACAUCAAUUUUAAACAUUGUUUUAGUCGACCCCAAUGUAAUGGUUGUUCAGAAAGCGAUCGCCGCGAAGCCGGCUGAACACUAA